AUGGAGGCAGAGUUGUUACAGGUUCUGAGCCCGCAGAGUUUGAGAGCUCUGGAGGAGUGGCAGCGCCGAGAGUCCGUCACCUUAACGCAGGUCAACGGCCAGAGAAGAUAUGGCGGUCCUCCUCCGGGCUGGAGUGGUCCUGUUCCAGGUUCGGGCUGCGAGGUGUUCAUCAAUCAGAUUCCGCGGGAUGUCUUUGAGGACCGUCUGAUCCCGCUCUUCCAGAGCAUUGCGCCGUUGUAUGAGUUUCGCCUCAUGAUGAACUUCAGCGGGCAGAACCGCGGCUUCGCCUAUGCCAAGUACGGAGACCCUGCCACCGCGGCGGCUGCCAUCCAGGCACUGAACCAGUACCCGCUGCAGGAGGGCGUGCGACUGGUGGUCAGGAAGAGCACGGAGAAGAGGCAGCUAUGUCUGGGAGAUCUGCCCUCAGGCAUGGGUCGCGAGGAGCUGCUCAUGGUCCUCCGGCUGGUCUCGGAAGGGGUCGAGGGUGUCACUGUGAAGGCUGUUGGGUCCAAGGGAAAGGAUGUCUGUGCACUGGUGCACUACUCCUCUCACUACGCUGCCUCCAUGGCUAAGAAGGUGCUGGUGCAAGACUUCAAGAAGCGGUUUGGCGUCUCCAUCUCCGUCCGAUGGAUGCCAGACAGCUCCAAGUUCAGACAACAGGAGCAUCCCGAAGAGAUCUCUCUCGCCCCUCCUGGUCUGAAACAUCUGGCUAAGCUUUCUGCUCCACCUCCCCGCUUUCAGAUCACCCGACCCACCCACCUCCGAAAUUACAGAGACCCUCUUCCUCCUCCUCUUCCUUCUCUUCCUCCUCCUCCUGCUGCUCCACCUUCUCCACCUCCUCCCACCCAGGGCUUUUCCCGGGCUGUGGGGGGUCCGGCCCCCCAUGUGAGGAACGGGAUGGUACCCCUGAUCACCAGAAGGCCUGAUUUGAUGUCCCAUGAUUCAGUGGUCCAGCUGCAGUGGCUCUGUGAGCUGCACGGCCUUGGCGUCCCGCUCUAUGAUGUGCGCUACCACCACACGAGCCCAGACGGCUUCCUCCACUUCAACUACAGGGUCAUUAUUCCGAGACUACCUGUACCACUCUCCGGUGUUGUCCAGAUUCUGCCUGGCAUCAGCGCCAACACCAUGGAGGACGAGGUCCACCGGGCUGUUGCUGAGCAGGCCAUUAAAGUCAUGUGCCACAAGUACUAG